AUGAAAGUGUUUGUAGUGUUUGCUCAUCCCGAUAUUAGGUCAUACAAUGGCUCUUUGCUCAAGGUGAUGACCUCGCAUCUAACUUCACAAGGUCAUGAAGUUAAGGUUUCGGACUUAUACAAGGAGAAAUUUAAGACAAACGUUGAUGAAGAUGAUUUCCUGAAUUUCGAGAAAGGUUCCCGUCUAAAGAUCAUUGACGCAUCGAUGGAUGCUGCUGCGGAAAACGCUUUGACAGACGACGUGAAAAAGGCCCAAGAGAAUCUGUUAUGGGCAGAUUUCAUUAUAUUCCAAUUCCCCCUAUGGUGGUACAGUGUCCCCGCCAUUUUGAAGGGCUGGUUCGAUCGGGUUUUCUCUGGGGGUUUUGCAUAUGGUAUUCCUAACGAUGAUGGAAUGGGGGAUGGGAUUUUGAGGGGUAAGAAGGCAAUGUUGUUGACAACGGUAGGUGUCAGGGGCGAACCAUACGGGCCAAGAGGUAUCAACGGUCCAAUGACUGAUCUCCUGUUCCCAAUAACCCAUGGUACCUUGUUUUUUGUUGGAUUGACAGUUUAUCCGUCGUUUUGUAUUUACCAUGUGGAUCACGCUACCCAGGAGACGUUCGAACGAGAUUCGAUAAAGUUAAUGGACACAUUGGAUAAUAUUGAUUCCAUUAAGCCAAUACCAUUCCGUAAACAAACCCGCGAGGAGUAUACGUACCCUGGUCUGGUGCUAAAGGAAGGUGUAGAGACUCCUGGCGCAAGAGGAUUUGAAUUACAGCUUACCGGGUAG